AUGUUCUGUGAAAACUGCAUGCAACGUUUAAAAGGCAUCGCGUAUAACGCCAGUUCUGUAAUACUACCAAAAAGAGUCACUGCAGAUAGUGAUGUAGAUGGCGAUGCAUUGAUUAAAUUAAAAUCCAAGGUAAUAGCUCACCCUACAAUACCUGACUGUAAUGAAACAGACGAACUCGAACUUAGCGGCAGCAUGAUACGAGCCCAAUCGCUCCGUGAUCUCACUUCAAAAUUCGAAAAGAUGGGUAAUUCGGGAUUGAAUGCGACACCUUUCAAAGGACCUUUUCUUCGUGCUGGCGAGAAACGCUACUCAAUGAUGGAGAAUGUUGCCAGUGCAAAUGGUAUAGUAUCCACUUCUGAUGGCUCAAUUUCCAGUGCGCGAGAAAGUCAGCCUGCUGUAAGCCGAGAUUCUUUGUUGGAUUUAUAUCGACGUCUGGAAAGUUGUAUUUGUGACUUACGUAAUAAACGCGUUAGUCGCGUUAGUAAAGGACAGCAUGCUAAUUAUGCCGAUGGUCAGCAUGCACUACUGAUCCGAUUGAGUGAUUUGAUGCAACAGUUUCAUCACUUGUGCGCUAUUUAUGCCGAAAAUAUUUCACCACAUUCAAAAUUUCGUUAUCGAGAGUUGCUAAAUCGUAUGGAUGUAUUUAUCCGUCAACUACGACAAUGUGCUUCCUCCACUUCUUGUAAUGAAGUGAUGCAGGCUGAACAACACAUUAUACCUCAAUUUGAGCAAACAAUUCGUCAAAUUAUGCACUUAGUGCAAAGGUAA